UUCGCCCUCAUCAUUACCAACGCUCUCACAAAAAAGAGGGAAAAAAGCCACCUCAGCUCUCCUCCUCCAUCAGAAGCCCCGCUCCAAGUUCGGAGCUCCGAUAAGAGAUCAAGAGAACGGGAUCCGAGAUCUCACCACCUUCGAUAUGGACGUACUUGCACUCAAUCUCAAGAGCGGAAGCCUCUUUCUCGGGACGAAGUCGGUGAGGGCGCUAGAAGAUGAGAGAAUUAGGGUUUCGGAGGUUGUGGUUCGGAGAGUCUCGUUCGGAUACCGAUCCCUUGUGGUCAAGGCUACGGGAAAGAAGAAGAAUCACGGAAACGACGACCCCUCAGUUCCUGAAGGAGACAGUCCUGAAAGCGUAAAUCCAGCAUCUGACGAAUUGAAAUCUGAUGCUUCUACUCCCAAGUCCCAGCAUCCAUUGCUUGAUUGGCGAGAUUUCAGGGCAAAUCUUGUGAUUCGUAAACAUGAAUUGCUAGAUUCUGCGGAUUCUCCUGAUGGAGCAGUCUCCCACAAGCCACCAUCUCAAAAGCUGGGUCUAAAGUGGGCACACCCUAUUCCCGUCCCUGAACCUGGAUGUGUCCUGGUUGCCACUGAGAGGCUCGAUGGUGUGCGCAGCUUUGAGAGGACUGUUGUGCUUCUCCUUCGAUUAGGAACCCGGGACCCAAGGGAGGGUCCUUUUGGGGUCAUUAUCAACCGUCCUCUCCACAAGAAGAUCAAGCACAUGAACCCCUCCAACACUGAGCUUGCCACUACCUUCUCUGACUGCGCUCUUCACUUUGGUGGCCCUCUUGACACAAGCAUGUUUCUUAUAAAAACCAGUGAGAGUUCCUCUUUACCGGGCUUUGAACAAGUAGUCCCAGGCAUCUGUUUUGGUUCUAGAAAUAGCUUAGACGAAGCUGCUGAACUCGUGAAGAAAGGGAUGCUGAGGGCUGAGGAUUUUAGGUUUUUUGUUGGAUAUGCAGGGUGGCAAUUGGAUCAACUUAAAGAAGAAAUAGCUCAAGAUUAUUGGGUUGUUGCUGCCUGUAGCUCUCAUUUAAUUGGUGGAGGUGCAUCAGUGGAUGAUUCAUCUGGGCUGUGGGAGGAGAUUCUGCAGUUAAUGGGAGGACAGUACUCUGAACUAAGCCGAAAGCCAAAGAAAGAUAGCUCUUGAAUGGGUCCUAAAUUGCUUGUACAGGAAGUUGAGUUUAAUAAGGAAUAAUACUUUGUUUAUUAGAGUCCUAAUCUAACUUAAUUGUAUGUAGCACCUAUUUAUUUUACCUUGAUAAAGAUGUUUUUAGACGGUUCAAUCCUAGUUUUAGUUAAUUGAAUGUAGCAUCCAUCAAUUUUUCCUUCUC